AUGGAGAGCCUGAUCAGGCAAACAAGAGCAAGAUUUUCUGGUGCAGGAAAGGAAAAUAAAGAAGAGAGCAGCAGUGCGCGAGAGAGAAAAAUACCACCUCAAAAAACGCAACCCUUCAGAGAGAAAAAAAGAAGCGAAAGCUGGAUAAGAAGACGAUUCUUCAGACAAACAGAUGUGGAACGUGAUUUUGGUAGUGAUGAGUACGCUGCCGCCAUUGCAGCAGCUGCUUUGGCUAUUCAAUCACUUGAAGAAUCGAGAACUAGGGAUCAGAAAAAGACAACGCACGGCCCUGAUACAUCCUUAGUAAAGAUGAAGAGCAAAGCAGAAGAUAAAGGAAAUUUAUCUGAACCACACAAAGAAUCAAUAAAAUUCUCAGACGAAACUUCAGAGACGAGUUCAAAAGAUACAGAUGUAAAGGCACCAAUAAGCACCUCGGCAAGUAAAAAGAUGACUGAAAAGGAAGUUGGCCAUGCACCAUCCAUCAAGAAGAAGCCAACUUUUUCUUAUGCUGAUCCUAACAAUAUAAUAAUCAACAGCAUACCUGAAAUAGCCUCGCCCGAGAAGGCUGCUGAACCUGUGCCAUCCAUGGGAAGGCAUCCAACGUCUGAGGAUAAGCAAAUAAACAUCAGAGGUGGUCAAACUUUGGAAAGCAUAAUGCGAAUUCCUGAUCGUCCUCCCACCAUACAAACGACGACACAUCCAGUUGAGACUAAACAGCAGACUCCGACUAAACCAGGACCUGGAGAUGCUGAGGCAGAUGCUUGGGAAAAAUCUGAGAUGGCUAGAGUUAAAGAAAGGUAUGAGAAGCAAAUUACUACUAUUCAAAACUGGGAGACUAAGAAGAAGAAGAAGGCAAAACGCAAACUAGAAAGCAAAGAGGCUGAAAUGGACCAAAAAAAGGCAAAAGCCAUACAGAAGUGCCACAGUGAGAUGAGAAGAAUUGAAAGAAUUGCACAAGGAGCAACCACACAGGCGGAAAAAAAUCAAAGAAAUGAAGAGCUUAAAGUAACAGAGAAGGCUAGUAAAUUUAGAUCAACUGGGAAGCUUCCAGCAACAUGUCUGUGCUUUUGA